AUGUGGCUCCCAAAGCUUUCACUUAUCCUGCUUUUCUUCACCCUUUACUGUUCGUUUCAAACGCCCGCUCUUGCAAUCAAAAAGUCUUAUAUAGUGUAUCUGGGAUCUCAUCGGCAUGGUAAUUCUCAAGCUGAUUAUGGUCUGGUAGCAGAGUCUCAUUAUAAAUUCCUCGGAUCCUUCUUGGGCAGCGAGGAGAAAGCCAGAGCUGCCAUCAUACACUCCUACAAAAUGCAUAUCAAUGGCUUUGCAGCCUUCCUUGAAGAAGAAGAGGCAGCUGAAAUUGCAAAACACCCAGAAGUUGUUUCAGUCUUCUUGAAUCAAGGAAAAAGGCUACACACAACACAUUCAUGGGAUUUCAUGUUGCUGGAAAAAGACGGUUCCGUUCACCCAAGUUCAUUGUGGAAGAAGGCUAGAUUUGGUGAAGAUUCAAUCAUAGCAAACCUUGACACUGGUGUCUGGCCUGAAUCAGACAGCUUUAGCGACCAUGGCUAUGGCCCAAUUCCUUCAAAGUGGAAAGGAAUAUGUCAGAAUGACACCACCUCUGGUGUUCCUUGCAAUAGGAAACUCAUUGGAGCAAGAUUCUUCAACGACGGUUAUGCCUCGUAUGUAGGAUCAAUGAAGUCUAAUGAGAACUCUGCCAGGGACCUGGAAGGCCAUGGGAGUCACACACUAUCCACAGCCGGUGGAAACUUUGUUCCUGGAGCAAGUGUUUUUGGCUUAGGAAAUGGAACUGCUAAGGGUGGUUCACCUAAAGCCAGAGUUGCAGCUUACAAGGUCUGCUGGACACCGAUAAAUGGGAGUGAAUGCUUCGAUGCAGACAUCGUGCAAGGCUUUGAGCACGCCAUUCAUGAUGGUGUUGAUGUCAUUUCAGUUUCACUUGGAGGGGAUCCAACCGAUUACUUUGAUGACGGCAUUGCAAUUGGGGCAUUCCAUGCUGUUAAGCAUGGCGUUGUUGUGGUUUGCUCAGCCGGAAACUCUGGACCAACCCCUGGUUCUGUCUCAAAUGUUGCUCCUUGGAUGAUCACCGUUGGAGCAAGCACGUUGGACCGCGAGUUUCAGACCUUUGUCGAGCUCCAAAAUGGAGAGAGACUCAAGGGAACAAGCCUUUCUAGUUCUUUGCCAGAAGACAGAUUUUAUCCGCUCAUGAGUGCCGCGCAGGCCAAAGCUGCUAAUGCAUCUGCUGAAGAUGCUCUCCUGUGCAAGCCAGACAGUCUGGAUCCUGAGAAGGCUAAAGGCAAAAUCUUGGCUUGCCUUAGGGGAGGAAAUGCAAGAGUCGAUAAGGGGAAACAAGCUGCUCUUGCCGGUGCAGUUGGAAUGAUUCUUUGCAAUGAUAAGAUCACUGGCAAUGAGCUUAUUGCUGAUCCCCAUUUCCUUCCAGCUUCACAACUCACCUAUAAAGAUGGCCUUGCUGUCUUUGCCUACAUCAAUUCUACUAGUAAUCCUUCGGCUUAUAUUACGACUCCUAAGGCUGCGACAGACAUUAAACCAGCUCCAUUCAUGGCAGCAUUCUCUUCUAGAGGCCCAAACAUGGUUACACCAGAGAUCCUCAAGCCUGAUAUCACUGCCCCUGGAGUGAAUAUUAUAGCUGCCUACUCAGAAGCUGUAAGCGCUACUGACCUUGAUGGAGAUACAAGAACCACCCCUUUCAACACAGAAUCCGGUACGUCGAUGUCUUGCCCUCAUGUUUCCGGAGUUGUUGGCCUUCUUAAGACACUCCAUCCAAAAUGGAGUCCUGCCGCAAUCAGAUCAGCCAUCAUGACCUCUGCUAGAACAAGAGAUAACACAGUGAAUGGGAUGCUGGAUGGAUCAACAUUUUCCGAGGCAACGCCAUUUAGUUACGGUGCUGGACAUAUUAGACCAAACCGCGCCAUGGAUCCUGGCUUGGUUUACGACUUAACUACCACAGACUACUUGGACUUCCUCUGUGCUUCAGGCUACAACAAAACAUUGAUAAAAAAAGUCUCGGACGAUCUUUACGAAUGUCCAGAGUCGGUCAAUCUAGCCGACUUCAAUUACCCAUCAAUGUCAGUUCCUAAUCUAUCCGGUUCCAUCACUUUGACUCGGAAACUGAAGAAUGUGGGAUCACCAGGCGUCUAUGCAGCCCAUGUAAGAGAACCAUAUGGGAUCUCAGUUUCUGUGGAGCCAAAGAUGUUGAAAUUUGAAAAGGUAGGGGAAGAGAAGAUGUUUCAAAUGACUCUGAAACCAAAGUGGGAUGGAGCUGCUAAGGAGUAUGUAUUUGGUGGAUUAGCAUGGACAGAUGGUAAACACUAUGUAAGAAGUCCAAUUGCAGUUGCUGCAGCAAGCUGAAAGAGAUGACUAGUAGCUAGACAUUAGUAUUAGGUUGCAUUCUUCUUUAGUUCUACUAUGAAUGAUUGAUUGAUAGGAUUAGAUUUAUUUGUUUAUUCAGUUUAGGGUAGGUGGUUAGUAUUCAUAUUUGGAUUAGAUUUUGCUUUGAUUGAACAGUAUUGUUAUUAUUAUUUUCCCAUUGAGAAAUAAGCCCUCAAUUCAAAUGUUAAUAA